AUGGACAAAGAUAUCGAGACCAGCAAGGAUCCGGCGGCCAUGAUCGCUACCGCCUCUAUCGACGACAUCAACGCUGAAGCACGUGUUGCCGCAGACGAGGAGCAUGGCCAUUCUUUCUGGGAAGCCGUGAAGCUCUAUCCUUCAGCCGUCGGCUGGUCUCUUUUUUUCUCACUGGGUGUGGUCAUGUGUGCGUUUGACCCUCAACUUCUCGGUCAAUUGUACGCUACCCCAGCUUUCCAGCGCGACUUCGGCUAUCUGUAUGAUGGGAGCUACAUCAUCUCUGCUCCGUGGCAGACUGGAUUGAGCAUGGGUUCACCAAUUGGCCAAGUCGUGGGCGCAUUCUUCGCUGCCUAUCCAAUGGAAUGGUUCGGACGGAAGAAAACGUUCGGAGCUUGUGUCAUCCUCACGACCGGCUGUGUAUUUAUUCAAUUCUUUGCCCGGUCGCUUUCCGUUCUUCUUGCCGGCGAGCUGCUCGGAGGUUUAGUCUUAGGAACCUACGCCGUCAUCGCCCCGGCUUACGCCUCCGAGGUCUGCCCUUUGGCUCUCAGAGGUGUCCUGACGUCUUGCACGAACAUCUGCUUUGUCACGGGCCAGUUGAUUGCCAAUGGAGUGAUCGCCGGAACUCAUAAGUUCGACAAUCACUGGGCUUAUAGCCUCGCGUUCGCGAUUCAAUGGGUGUGGCCAGCCAUCAUCUUGGUCGGCUUGCCGUUUGCGCCAGAAAGCCCGUGGUGGCUGCAAAGACAGGGUAGAUUUGAGGAUGCCGAAAAGUCUCUUAAACGUCUAGCUUCCUCCAAGGUUGAUGUGAGACCCACCUUGGCCAUGAUCAUUGAGACGGAUCGACUGGAGAGAGAAAUGGAGUCUGGUUCGACAUAUUGGGAUUGUUUCAAAAAGAUCAAUCGUCGCCGCACUGAAAUCGCCGUGGGCGUCUAUACUAUCCAGGUCCUCUCUGGGAUUUAUCUUGUCGGAUACGCCACUUACUUUUUUACACUGGCCGGACUGCCAACUGAUCAAGCAUUCAACAUGGGUGUUGGAUUCCUUGCCAUUGGUUUCGUCGGGACUUGCCUUUCAUGGAUCCUGCUCAUCUAUUUCGGUCGGCGCAGAAUCUACAACGUCGGACUCGCACUACUAGCAGUUCUCCAAUUUAUUAUCGGAAUCCUCGACUGUGCACCCAACUACGAUAACCGACCUUCGAUCUCCUGGGCUCAGAGCGUCCUGAUGCUGAUCUGGAACUUUAUUUACGAUCUGUCCAUCGGGCCCGUGUGCUUCGUGCUUCUGUGCGAAGUCUCGGCGACGAGAGUCCGGGGCAAGACAAUCGCACUAGCUACCGCUGUGCAAGCUAUGGCUGGAAUUGUCAUGACAGUGGCGAUCCCAUAUAUGAUCAAUGCCGACCAAGCAAACAUGCGGGGAAAGCUUGGGUUCUUCUUCGGUGGCCUUGCGGCCCUGUGCCUUUCUUGGGCUUAUUUCAGGGUUCCUGAGUUGAAAGGAAGGACUUAUCAAGAAGUGGACAUCAUGUUCGAACGGAAUCUCAAGACAAAGGAGUUCAAGAAUUACGUUAUCACGAGGUGA